CUGCUCUCUUCUUGCUACCCGCCGCUGCGAUAGGCAAUCAUGCACUUCCAACAGAACCUCCCCUUCUACCGCCCUCCUGUAUGUCUCUUGCGUCGUUGAGAAGCAGCAUGAGAGGAUAAAAGGGCAACCCAUCCUUCGUCCUCCUCUUCCUUCCCUCAACCAAACCAUCCACACUACAGAAGCACCCUUGCUAACCACCUCUUGCACACCAGCUCCCUCCCUGGCAGCAAGGCAUACACAGAGACUGGUCACAGCACACACAAGAAACAAGAGAUUGGCACGAAUCAGUCGUACUCAGCACCACACCCCUCCUCCCAAGAGAAGGAUCUCUCCAGUACACACCCCGCCUCGACAUAGAAGGAGACGUCGUCAUGUCAGACAUGACAGAGAUUGCCCUCAUUGAGAAGCUCACGGGCGUACUACGCAAGGGACGCGUCAAGACGAAUCUAUCUCGUGAUCAGCUCGUGACCAACAUCGUCGACGCUACUUGGCCCGAACCCGUGGCACGCUGCUUUGUGGUAGAUACCAAUUACUGGCUCGCUCACCUCGGCUUGCUCGAAGGACUCAUCCAGCGAUUCGAUCAGUCUCGUGUCUUGCUAGUUUUGCCCUGGGUGGCACUUGGUGAGUUGGACGGCCUCAAAUUACAAGAGAAGCGCUACACCGGCACCAGUCAAUCCAUCUCUGUUGCAGAACAAGCGCAGCGUGCCAACAAGUUCAUCAGCAAGCAUCUCGGGCAUGCAAAGGGUCUGUAUGCUCAGCAGAUUGAUGAAAUCAUUGAUCCCAACCAAAUCAACGAUGAUGGGAUCUUGGAUUGUGCGCGUUACAUCAAAGAACGUCGCAAGGUGCCAGUCACACUGCUAUCCAAUGAUGUGAAUCUCGGCAACAAGUUCAAGGUCCUCGGCAUGGGCAGCAUGGUUUGGGAAAAUGGACUCCAACCUGACGAUGUACUGCGACGCGUGUUGGGCAAUUGGAAGCAAGGCACAUCAGACUACCUCGCUCGUAAAGAAUCUGUGCAGCUCAUUCUCGACUCGGAUGAUGAUGACGAUGAGCAUAUGGCUAUGGACGUUGAGGUACCUCCCUAUCUAUCAGUUUUGGCUUGACCACUUACUGACUACAGCGUACGCCAGGACCAGCUCAACAGCAGCCCUAUCAAGGCGCUGUACCCACUCCGGAC